CUUCAUUACUGAUUACGGUGCACGCAUAACGCGGUCUUCUGCACGAUGCUCAAUAUUCUCGUUUGCUGGGUUAGUGUAAUUAUUUUAGUAGUAAAUAAUUAUUAAUUAUUAUAAAGUCAGUUAUAAAUAAAUUGUAAUUAAACUAGUAGUUACCAAUAUAAUGUUUAUCGCAAAUGUAAACACAUGAAGAAUAAUUUCAAACAGUGUUUCUGCCGUUUUGUUUAUAGUUUUAAAUCAUUUUGUUUGGCGGCGGUUGUCACACACAGACGUGUUCACGUUUCCGUAAAACUCGUUGGAAUAUUGUAUACAUACCCGAUAUAGUUGUAUCCAUGGAAGUUUUAGUCUAAUUUUAUUGAUAUAACACAUUUAAAAACCAAAAAGCUAAUGAUGAACAAUACAAAUUAUUCAGUUUUGACCAAAGAAUUGAUUGCGCGCCAUGAACAUAAUGAAAGUUUGCCAGAAAAAUGUUUCUGUCCCUUAUGCAAUGUACAUAUGAGUAAAAUCAAAAGAGGCCGACCCCUUGAUGCCCAUCAAGACAAUAAUGCUUACUCAUCUGAUGUAAUCAAAGAACGAUGCUGUGCUGUAGAUCGAAUGCCAUCUCUUCAUGCUAAUUUACAUGUAGACCAUAGUGGAGAAAGAUUACUGAAAUUAAAUCCAUAUCCAGUAUUAGAUACUGAUCCCACUCUAGAAAAUGUAAACUAUGUUAAUUCAACUUCAAAACCUAUGCAUUCAAUAAAUAAUAAAACAAAAGAGCUUAAAACUCAAUCUAAUAUUAAUAAUAUUGAAGCCAUUGGUAGACACAAAGAGCAUUACCAAUUUCAUAAUGAGUCAAGACAUUGGGAAAAAAAUGAAAAUGAUUUAGAUCACAAUGAAUUUGUUAAUGGUGAUCAUUACAAUUAUAUGGCAGCUAGAAAGUAUGAUGUACACUAUCGACAACCUUCUGUUCACCGUCAACGAAAAAUUUUGCCAAUGGUUCCUCCUAAAUAUCUUAUCCCUACUAAUUCAGUCCAAAAACCUGUUGUGAUAUCUUCGACCACUAAUGGUUAUAUGAAUGGCCAGGUUCAUAAAGACUUUUCUGAUACUCCUAAACAAAAAGUUAUUGUUAACCCUGUUCACGAAUCAUCUAAUGGGUCUAUUGAUGAGUCUAAAGUAACGUGCAAAGUAGUAAAUAACAACCCAAAAGUUAUCAUCAAGGAUUCUCAGAAAAUUGUGAAAGAAACUACUGUGCUUUCAAAAGAAGUUAUCAAAGAAGCUAAAGAAAGUAAUAUCAACUACCAUAAAAGUACAAUCAACGAUCAAAUUAAUAAGAACAAUGUUAUAUUUCAAAAAGAACAAUCAAAAUAUCUUGACAAUAAUAGUCAAAGUCUAAUUUUUAAAACAAGAAAGGGUGUUAAUGCUGUUAAUGGUACUCCUGUUCAAUCUGUUUGUAAUUGGGUGCAUGAUUCUUAUGAAUCCCCACAAGAAAUAGUAUCUGAAAAUGCUAGACAAGGCUUAAAAUUGCAUGUAUCAAAAUCUUUUAAUAAAGACUUGGAUCUCAACUUUGUGAGUGAAGAAACACACAAAACCGUUUUUGACCAUUUAUUUUCCGAUAUUCAAAAUGAUAAACAUCAAGAAAAUGUUAAACAACAUUCAGCAUUAAGACCUAGUUUGUUUUCGAAUAUGCCUCCUUACAUCCGAUUUUCUUCACAUGAUAUCAAAGGUGAAUCAUUUCCGUUGCCAUUGCAAAAAGUACUUAAAUGGAAAUUAAGCUCUAUCACGCCAAUCGUAGUUCGCCGUACAGUACAAAAUAGUGGUUUUAAAUUAGUGAGAAGUGAGCAUAGUUUUAUUCAAAACGCUUCUGAUCUUUCUGAUAAAACUAAUCAAUCCAAUCAAAAUAUGAAUUCCUUACAAAACCAUUAUGGUAUUACACCUCCUAUUGUCGAUGCAUUCUGCGGUGCUGCUUCUUCUCCUAAUGAACUAAAAAUGUUACCUCAUUCUCAAUCUAACGAUUGGGUCGGUACAUGGGGUAAACAUAUGAAAUCGUUAUGUUUUAAAACAUUGCGUGAUCAGCAAAAGCUCAAUCACUUUCCGGGGACAUUUCAAAUUGGACGUAAAGAUAGAUUAUGGAAAAACUUACAUCGAUUGAUGUUAAAAUAUGGUAAAGAACAAUUUGGCUUUAUACCGACAUCAUACAUAUUACCUCAGGAGACUCGAUUAUUACGGCAAGUUUGGGAAAAAAAUGAUGAAGACAAGUGGAUUGUCAAACCGCCAGCAUCUGCUAGAGGAACGGGUAUUCGUGUCAUAUCCAAGUGGAAUCAGAUACCAAGAAAAGUACCUUUAGUGGUACAACGAUAUAUAGAUAAUCCGUACUUGAUUAAUGAUACUAAGUUUGAUUUAAGACUUUACAUACUUAUUACUUCAAUAAAUCCUCUUCGGCUGUAUUUAUACGAUAAUGGACUUGUGCGAUUUGCCUCUGUUAAAUAUUCAUCUGAUCUAACUACGAUUUCUGAUCGUUACAUGCAUUUGACAAACUACAGUAUUAACAGACUGAGUAGCCAAUAUACUCAAAAUGAGGAUGCGGAUGCCUGCCAAGGCCAUAAAUGGACGUUAAGAUCGUUAUGGACAUACAUGGAAAAAGAGCGUAAAAUUGACGUUAAAAAAUUAUGGGAUAGUUUAGCAGACUUAGUAGUGAAAACUGUAAUCAGCGGAGAAUCACCAAUGGGACAAAUGUGCCGUUCUAAUUUAAGUAAUAGAUAUAAUGCGUAUGAACUAUUCGGUAUCGAUGUUCUAUUCGACGAAUUUCUUAAGCCCUGGAUAUUAGAGGUCAACAUAUCACCUUCACUGCAUUCGUCUUCACCACUUGAUUUAGCAGUUAAAGGACCUUUAGUAAAAGAUUUAAUGAAUAUGGUUGGUUAUCAUGUACCCAAUAAAAUGUCUCCUACUACUCAUAAUGCGUUGCUCAAGAUGUUAGGAAUUAAGUCACCUUUGUGUUAUGACAAAAGGUUGUACACAUUUAAUUUAUCCACCAAAGAAAGAGAAAAACAAGAUUUCUUUAUUAAUUUGGAGUCUAGAGAAGAAUAUAUCAACAAUAUUCUUGAUGAGUUAAUGCCAGAUGAUAUUCGUCACCUUAUCGAAUAUGAAGACGAGCUUACUCAAGUUGGAUCAUUUCAAAAAGUUUUUCCAACAACAAAUUCUCAUAAAUACCACCAAUACUUUGAUGGUCCUAGAUAUUACAACAUGUUGUUUGACGCCUGGGAAAACAAGUAUCAUGAUAAAAGAGAAGAAGGUAUUGCUUUGCUAGAAUCUUUCUGUCAAAUGAAAACACAUUUGGAGGUAUCGGAUGUCGAAGAAGACCAAUCAAAAACUUGCGAGACCCUCCAAAGUACAAAAAUGGAGGUUGAGAAAAUGGCCAGUAACAUUAAUGCCGACCAUCAUCAAGCAGUUAUCAGUCAUUUUUCAAUGUCUGCUGCUGAACGUCGCCACAUGGUAUACACAUCGAUAACCAUGUCUGAUGAAGGAGACUGGAUUAGUGACGAUUUUCCGUAUGAUGAUACAACAUCGGCUACCGGUCAUCCAAUGGUUUCCUGAUAUAUAACUAUGUUAAUUAACACCAAACAAGCCAUUACGUCGAAUAGAAUACGUCUUGUUGGUUUUGUUAAUGGUUUUUGGACUUGGCUAAAAACCUACGUUAGCUGAAUUUCUUUUAAUUUUAAUUAGUAGAAAAAAUAACUGAAAGUAUAGAUAAUUUACAUAGAAGUAGAAACGUGCCCGAGCCAAAUUUUCAUUUUUUGCUUUAACAGAGAUAGUAUUACACAGUUCAACAUUUUUUUUGUCAGAUGAAUUGCAAUUAAUUAUAGGUAUUUGAUAGCGCUGAUUUCAAAAAGAUGUCUAUUUGCCCAAUUGGCUUAUAGUAAGACUUGAUAUAUGGCACAUACAAAAUUCAAAAAUCUUUAUAUAAAUCGAAUAUAGACCAAUGUUUAAAAAUAAAGUAUUCAUUGAAUUUCAUUCCUUUUUGGAGGAAUGUAAUAUGAGUGCAUUAUAUGUAUUUUUAAGUCUUCACUCAUGAAUAGAUAAAUUUAUUAGUUUCACUGGAAACAAAAAAUACUGCUAGUUUACACCUAAAUACACCUGUACCUAUAAUGGUAGGUACAAUGUACCUAUAUAUACAUAUACACAUGUAUACCUAUAUAUACAUGACAAAGUUUUAAAUACUUAUACCGUUUAAUUGUAUUCAAUCCAAACCAAAACUUGUUAAAUGUUUUUUUUAUUAAACCAGAUUAUUUUAACUAUUAAAAAAAUAUGUUCGUUUAAAUGAUUAAACCAUUUUUUUUAUAUAUGAAAGAGGUUAAACUACAUUUAGAUGGACAUCAAAUUUGAUAACUUUUAAAAAAAUUAAUUUUUAUAGGCAAAAAAUGGAAAUUUUGGCUAGAUUGCUUGCCAAUUUUUUUUAGACAAUCUAUAAGGGCUUCAUAUGCUACAAUAUAACUUAUGAUUUGUUUAAAAAUAAGUCUUUGUUAAAAACAACCUUGUACGUACUCGAAAUUUUUUGAAUUUUUGUCUAAUUUUACUGAUUUUUUUUACAAGAGUAUUAAUAUUAUUUUAUUAUAAUAUUAAGUUGGUGUAAACUAGGCAAUUUAAUACUUUAACUCUGAUGCUAAAGCUGACGUACUAUUUCAAUAAACAAUAGCAGGAAAAAAUCAUUAUCAUUAGGGAAAUUAAAGUGUGUUUGUAAUUUAUACAUAGGCAUAUUAUAAUACAAAAAAAAGAUAAUUUAUAAACGAAUUAUACUUAAGUUGUUAUUUUUAUCCAAUGUUAGGUGUAUACACUAUAUAUGUUUACACUGCCAUAAGUUAAUUUAUAAUAAGUUUUUUAUAAAAUUGUUUUAAUAUAUAGACUUAAAAAUCAUUAAAUCUUAAUAGAGAUUCGAGUAUUACUUUAUUAAGAAGGGAGCCUAAAUACGUAGAAAAUUGUGUAGUUAACUUGUAGUAAAAAAGUAAGUAAAGGAAGUAGGAGUUGUACUGAUUCAUAAAUUAUAAUAAGUAUUAAGUCUGAAAACAUAGCAUGCCUCAGCCUGUAAACUUUUACUGAAUGAAUAUUUACAUUUUACAAAAAAAUCUUUGUUAAUAAUAAUUACUAUGUUUUUUUAAUAUAAUUUUAUUUUACAAAAUAUAUACCUUAGCACAGUGUUCUAAAUUUAAAUCAUUAUUUCGAAGUAUAAAACAAACCAGUGACAUCCAUAGGUAUUUUUAUUUUUUUGCAAGACCUAAUAUUGGUGAAAUUCUAUAGCCUACAUGUAUCUAAUAUCGAUAAAAAUUUCAUUAGGUACUUAUUGUUUCAUUUGUUUAUAUAGUUGGACAAAAUAUAUGUACAUAAAACUUUAAGACGAUUAAUCAAUUUUGGAUCAAAAUUAUAUUUGUGC